AUGUCUGAAAAGGAAUCUGCGUCUAUGAGUAGCGGUCACAAGACCUCUUCAGAAUCUAAUAAUUACCAGGAUGUCGAAUUAAAUGUGAAAGAGGGCACAGGAGAAUUGCAACUUACAGACGAAGAGAAAAAGCAAAAAGUCGAUCAGUUAGCAUCUGAGAUGAACAUCUCCCAAAAGAAACUAAUGUGGAAAAUUGACCUCUGCGUUGUUCCACCAUUUUGCUUACUUUACUUCUUAGCAUUUCUUGAUAGAGUGAAUGUUUCCAACGCAAAAGUCUACGGUAUCGAAAAAGCACUUGGUUUACAUGGUAACCAAUUUGCAACUGCACUUACUGUUUUCUUUGUUCCCUAUAUUGUCUUCGAAGUUUUAUCAAACUACCUAAUAAAAAUAAUAAAACCUCAUGUGUGGUUAUCCGUUAUGAUCUUUUUGUUUGGUUUGGUAACACUUCUGGUUGCAUGGUCUAAAAAUUUUGGCGGUUUGGUUGUUUGCAGAUUGUUCCUUGGAAUUUUUGAGGCUGGUUCCUUUCCUGCAAUUUUCUACAUUAUUGCUAACUUCUAUACAUCUGGUGAGUCUUUGAAGAGGAUUGCCUUUUUUUUCAACUGUACUUGUCUAGCCGGCGGUUGUGCAGGUGCUCUAGCUUAUAGAAUCAAUGAUUUACACGGAGUUCAUGGUUUUGACUCAUGGCAAUGGAUUUAUAUUAUCGAAGGUGCCUUCACUAUGGGUUUGGCUAUCCCACUUUACUUUGCAGUCUCUGACUUUCCUGAAGAAGCAAGAUUCUUGAAUGAAAAUGAAAGAUCAUUCUUGAAGCAAAAGUUGGAACUUUAUCAGGGUAAUUCUGGUUUCGAAAUCAAGCAAACUUGGAAAGAUAUUGCUACCGUUUUCAAAGAACCAAUGCUUUAUAUAACUGCCAUUUGUUAUUUUUCAUUGGUUGUUCCAUCAUACUGUUAUGCAUUCUUUGCACCUACUGUUAUUGCAGAGUUAGGUUAUACUGCUAUGGAAGCACAAAGACACUCAAUUUAUCCAUGGUUGGCAACAAUGGGAUUUUCAAUCAUACUUGCUGUUACCUCGGAUAUGAGCAAAAUUAGAUUGCCAUUUGCACUUAUAGCUAGUGCUGUUUCGAUUGCUGGCCUAUCGAUUGUUUUCUCGUGUUAUGAUGCCAACGCCAGGUAUGCAGGAUGUUUCUUAACUGCAAUGGGAUUAUACUCCUGCAUGCCUAUUUUAAUCUGUUGGAUGUCACUCAAUUUUUCUGGGCACACCAGAAAGUCAGUUGGUACAGCAUUUGUUAUUGGAUUUGGUAAUAUUGGUGGUAUUGUCUCGUCUUUUAUUUUCCCUAAUAAUGAAGCACCGAGAUUUAAAAAGGGUUUUGGUAUUUGCAUUGCGUUUGCUUGUCUUGCGUUUCUCUUGUUGGCUGUUUAUGCAGCAUACCUUAGAUGGUUGAAUUUCAGAAAGGAUACUGAUAGCUAUAGACAACAAUGGAAUGAAAAAGACGAAAGAAGUCAAAUUGUGAGAGGUGAUUUGAAUCCUGAUUUCAAAUACUGGCUGUAA